AUGGCCCUCGUCGAUCCCCACGCCAGGCCAGUCGCAUCGCUCGCCGUCUUGUUCUCCGCAUGGAAGGCCUUCCUCCUGGCCAUCGCGCUGGCCGCGUCCGCCGCGCCGGACUAUGACACGUCCACGUCGCUCUUCUUCCACAACCUGUACUCCAGCACCACCCCUGUCCCCGUCCUCGCCCGCACGCUCACCCGUUGGGAUGCCCUCUACUACGUCCAUGCCGCCCGCCUGGGGGGCAAGCUCUACGAGCAGGAGUGGGCCUUCAGCACCGCGCUGUCCGCCCUCAUCGCCAAGCUCCGUCACGGGCUCUGCUCGACGGUUGUCUGCCGCGACGAUUCGAUCGUCGAGCCUCUCCUGGGCAUCCUCGUCUCUCACGUGUCGCACCUGAUCAGCGUCGUGGCCCUCUACCAGCUCACGUCGCUCCUCUCCAGGGACCGUCGCUUCGCCUUUGUCGCUUCAGUGCUCCACAUCGUCUCACCCGCGGGACUCUUCCUCUCCUCGCCCUACGCUGAAGCCACGUUCGCCUGCCUGUCCUUUGUGGCCAGCUGCCUUUUCGCCCUGAGCUAUGCCCAGUCGGACAGCAGCGGGCGAAACGUCCACGUUCUGAGCGCGGGGGCCGUGUUCGGGCUCGCCACGAGGUUUCGGAGCAAUGGCCUCGCAAACGGGGGCCUCUUCGCCGUGGAGGCUCUGCGGUGCGCGUACGCAUUCCUGCAGAGCCCCUCGCUCUCCUCCCUCCUGACCAUCAUCUCCCCCGUGAUCGGCGGCUUGCUCGUCGCCUCAGGAUCCAUCGUGCCUCAGGCCAGGGCAUGGAGCAUAUACUGCAGCCCUGAGAACGGGUUCGACCCAAGGCCAUGGUGCUCUAAUACGAUCCCUAGCAUCUACAGCUUUGUCCAGGAGCAUUACUGGAACGUGGGAUUCCUGAGAUACUGGACGCCGAACCAGAUCCCACUCUUCCUCCUUGCUGCGCCGGUCCUCUACCUCCUAAUCGCAUCGGGAGUCAAGCUAGUCCGCGACCCUUGGCUUGUUUCCCCCGGCGAGAAUCCCCAGUUUCGCGUGUUCGUCCAGGUCCUCGCCGCCAGCCAGGCCUUUGUCGCCGUGCUCGCCAUCACCUCGUACCACGUGCAGAUUAUCAACAGGAUCUCAUCGGGCUACAUCCCCUGGUAUUGGUGGAUUGCGAGGUGCUUGAUGGACAAACAAACCCAGAAGUUUGGAUGGGGAGUGACCGUAUUCAUGGUCAUGUACGCUGGCAUCCAAGGCAUCUUGUAUGCCUCGUUUUUACCUCCUGCAUAA